AUGGCGAACAACCAGAGCAGCCCCCAGACUGUACCCGAGUCCAUUUCCGAGUCCUCCCAGUCCUAUGGCAAACCCGCAUCGCGAGGGGGUCUGCCCGAUGUCAUCAAAGUCGACGGCGUCAAGUCCCUUGUCUUGGACUCGGAGAACCUCGUCCUGAAUGACCCGACAGCAAAGAAGACCAGUCGUACGUGCAGUUUCGCCUCUUUCGGCGCACCAGCAGCACCACCGACGUCCACGAUCCCCCUUUACAACGUCCUGUGGGUCGAAUUCGCCGACCAGACCCUCACUAUCGAUUACGCCAAAUAUGUUGGCAAGCACAGAGUGCAAGCUGCGCAGUGGAUCUUUCACGUCGCCGAUGCCGACACCCCCGACGUCAAGACAUGGGCCGACAACCUCCUGACCAGAGCGUACGGGCCGGCGAAGCGAUGCAAGAGGGCCAAGGUCCUAGUGAACCCUCACGCCGGUCCAGGAGGCGCGCAGAAGAAGUGGGAUGUAGACUGUGAACCUCUGUUCAAGGCGGCGCGUAUGCCAAUCGAUGUGGUCAAGACGGAACGCCAGGGCCAAGCUGUGGAUAUUGCGCAGACCAUCGACGUGGACGCCUUCGACACCAUUGUUACCUGCUCUGGCGACGGUCUGGCCCACGAGGUCUUCAACGGACUCGGCAACCGCCCCGACGCGUUCCAUGCUCUGCAGACCAUCGCUGUCUCGCAUAUUCCUUGUGGUUCUGGCAAUGCAAUGAGCUGCAACCUCUACGGUACAUACCGGCCCUCGUUGGCCGCGCUUGCCAUCAUCAAGGGAGUUGAAACGCCUUUUGACCUCGUCAGCAUCACGCAAGGGGAUAGGCGGUUGCUGAGCUUCUUGAGCCAGGCCCUCGGCGUUGUAGCUGAGAGCGAUCUGGGAACGGAGCACCUGCGAUGGAUGGGCGGCGCGCGCUUCACAGUUGGCUUCUUGCAAAGGAUCUUCCAGAAGAAGUGCUACCCUUGCGAUCUUGCUGUGAAGGUCGAGAUCGAGGAUAAGCAUGGGGUCAAGGAGCAUUACAGGCAAAAGAUGAGCAACGCAUCGGCAACCAAUCUGGGUGAGGGUCCCAAUGCUGCAUCUGUCGAAUCAGGGUCGAGCCCAGAUGCCCAUCAAGGUUUGCCGCCCCUGCGUUAUGGUACAAUCAAUGAUGCCCUUCCGGAGGGCUGGGAGUCGAUUUCCAGUGACACUAUGGGCAAUUUCUACUGUGGAAACAUGGCGUACAUGGCAGCCGAUGCCAACUUCUUUGCUGCAGCCUGCGCCAACGACGGCCUUAUGGACCUUGUCUGUGUAGACGGCGAUGUGUCGGUCGGCUCUCAACUGAGCAUGCUGUUGUCAGUGGAGAACGGCCAGUUCUUCGACAACCCCCUCGUCUCGUACAAGAAGAUUACGGCCUACCGCAUCACCCCGCGCAACCAGAAGGACGGUUACAUCAGCAUUGACGGCGAAAAGGUGCCCUUCGAGCCAUUCCAAGCAGAGAUCCACCAGGGCCUCGGCAAGGUUAUCUCGAAGCGCGGCGGUUACGAGGCAGCAGGUCCCACGAACUGGGACAAGAUCACUAUCGGUAACAGGAUCAUGGCGUAG